AUGACCUUAUUAUAUCAUCUUCUCAAGCCUUUCCGACUCCUAUUACAAUGCUUUCGUCCUCGCAAACAGCUGCAGUCCCGUGAAAAUGUUCGUUUCCUCCCCGAUUCAUCAAAGCGUCCCUCUCCCAAAGUCCGAAUCAUUCGACCCGAGGAUGAUGAGCACGACAGCAUAGCUCACUGUCCCUCUCUUCCGCAAGAGAGUUCCCUUGCUGCCUCCGAGAUUUCGUCUAUUGAGGCCGGUGAGCCAUAUCCUGUCUCUUCAUCUGCUUUAGAUGAGCUCCAGACAGCUUUGUCCAAGGCGAGAAUUGAACCACACCUCACAAACGGCCAUGUGGUUUAUGUUCCGUUGUCUAAACUGAAUGAGCUCAUUACGGAAGCUAGGGUACAAGAGAUCCUUUCAGAGGGGGUCAUGGUGGGUCAUAGCCUCGUUCAAAAGACAGCUCGGAGAAUUGUUCAAAGUUCCAAGAGAUUAUUCGCUAUUCUGGUGAGUAUGAAGAGGGGAAAUCAGAUUUGCAGGUUCCUGGACGAGGGUAUCACCGACGCCAAGUUGCCCUUUGUACUCAAACCAAGAGCAGAAAGAGAGCCACCCAUAUUACAAACGAGUGGCGGUCGGGAUAUCAUGUCCAUCAGCGGCUGGGCCGAGGACGAAAUUAUAAGGUUGGUGAAGAAACAGUGGCGCAUGCUGGCCCCGGUGUUUGAGCAGGGUGCGCACUAUGAGUUUCCCAGGCUGCAAAUUCUCCCUUUCAUGGCUCCUGCGAAUGCAGAAGACGAGCAAAUUUCUGGCGGGUGGAGUGUGGUCUAUCAGGCCUGUAUACACCCAGCUCAUCAUAAUAUUCGGAAUCCCGUUGAAUGUCAAGACCGGGAGAUUGUGGUAGCGAUCAAGAAACUGAUUCUACCCGAGCCAUCCUGCUUCAAUGCCGAGCGGGAUAUGCACACCACGCUAGAGAAAACUGCCGGAGCCCAUUCGCAUCUGACCAACCUCCUGUUCACAUACAAGCAUGGCAGUGAAUAUCAUUUGGUUUUUCCCUGGGCCGACGUUGACCUACGAAAGUACUGGGAGACGAAGCAUUCUAUGCACCCGGAUGCGAGAGAAACCUUGUGGUCUCUAAAACAAAUGACAGGGGUUGCGGGUGCGCUCUCCCUCAUUCACGGAUUUCUACGGUCAAACGACUCAGUACCAGAUCCUCUUUUCGGACACCACGGGGAUAUCAAGGCCGAGAAUAUUCUGUGGUUCGCCUCCAGCUCAGGGGAUGAUGCCCCAGGUGGAAUCCUUCGCAUCACGGAUCUGGGUCUUGCGAGCCUCCAUCGCAUGGAGUCGGCAUCAGACAUUGACCCAACCAAGGUCACUGGCACUCAGACCUAUUCGCCUCCUGACAAACUUCGCAACGCUCGUAUCUCUCGCAAGUGGGAUAACUGGAGCCUUGGAUGUCUUUUUCUGGAGUUCGCUACCUCGAUGACCCUUGGCUAUGAGGCGGUCAAAGAGUUUGGGCACCUUCGGGCUCAAGAGGGCUUCGAUCCUGAAUUACCGGAAUUGAGCUCUGACUACUUCUAUACCACCGAUUACGAGGACGUCCGGCCGUCGGUGAAGAGAUGGGUGACCCGCCUAGUCAAUGAUCCGCGAUGCUCGGACAUGCUCUACGAUCUUUUAUCUCUCGUCAUGCGAAAAAUGCUUCGGAUCAAUCCAGAAGAUCGAGCUACCUCUCAGCAGAUUCACCAGGAGCUGACAGUCAUGGUUGAUCGAGCUUCCGAGGACGAGUCUUACCUGGUCCACGCCACCGAGAGACCCUCAACCUCGUGGUGA